AUGCGUCUGCAAUCCUUCCUCCUCGCAGUGUCUUUUAUGGCAGCAGCCAUGGCUCUGGCCAUUAGUCCGAGAAUCGAAAUGGACAUUGAGCUCGCCUUAGAAGCUGCUCUCGAUAAUGGGCCUUCUUCUAACGAGGUUUGGUGA